AUGGGGGUUUUGGCUUCACCAGCUUCUUCCCCGCCAACAAUACUGGAUUCUGUUCGACCUGUGGAUAUAUAUCCUGUACGUGAACCAAAACCGAUACAACCCACCAUCAUCGUUCCACCGGAUGACCGCUCGAAACAAUAUGGUCCACUGGGGAAACCCCCAAUCAAGCCACCACAUAAAUCUAGCGCUCCUGCUCGUUUAAAUCGCACUGGAAGACCAGGCUACGCCGAAAUGUAUAUGGGUCGAUGUCGCCGGCAAUCGGAAAACGAUGCUGCUGCGUCUUCCAAACCAACAUAUACUUUGACGACCAUUGCUCUGCCGCCUGAGUCAUCCUCGUGCUCUGAUAUUGCUGAAUCCAGCAGAGAUUCGAUGUGCACAUACCCACCCAUGAUUGCUGAUCGCGUAUCACCAGUUCACAUGAAAAUUCCAUCCAUCCGUAGCGUGUCUGGUCCACCGGCAACAAAGCGUGAGUACCGUGAGCGCUUUUCCGUCACACCUGUUGUGAAUACGACCAAACUGAAUGAAUUCACUCGUGUUACAUCUGAACCACGGCGUGUUGUGCCUGUGGUCACACAACAAGAAGUUCACAUACCUUCUGCCUUCAAUGCUUUUCGCUUGACAUGUCCCCCAUCAGCAAGUGAAAAAGACAAACUGGCAGCAAUGACAAGACUGACCGAACUAAAUUAUGAAACAUCACUGACGGCAACAGACCCCUCCUUGAGUGUCCCAGUGUCUCAGCCCCUUCCAGAUCAACCCGACUAUGAAGGUAUGGAUGCGGAACUAUCGGAAAGAUUGAGAUUGCAACAACAAAGACAGGUAUGCUCUACAAAAGUAUUGCUGUAA